AUGGAGGAAAAUGGCGCAACAGAGGCAGAAUGGAAGGAGGAUAUUUGGUGCAGAGAGACAGUGCCAAAGGUUUUCAAACUCGUCUGCUCCACAUUACCUCUCUCUCAGACAAACCUCGUUUCUCUCCUUCUCGUGUCUCCCGCACUUCACCGAACCCUUCUCUCUUGUCAACCCCUUUGGCAGUCACUCAAUUUUCGCGAGUUAAACAAAGCUGGGAAUCGCCUUAUAGCUUCUCUUUCUCUGCCUAGAUAUUGCAAUGUGAAGCAGAUUGACCUUGAGUUUGCGAGAGAUAUUGAAGACACGCAUCUCAUUAUUGUUAAGGAUAAGUGUUUUAAUUCUCUUCAAAGCUUGGAGUCUUUAAAUCUGAAUGGCUGCCAAAAAAUAUGGGACACAGGAAUUGAAGCAAUAACCAGUUGUUGCCCCCAGUUGAAAAGCUUUUCAAUCUACUGGAAUGUCAGGGUAACGGAUAGAGGACUACAGCAUAUAGUGAAGAACUGCAAACAUAUAGUUGACUUGAACAUAAGUGGAUGUAAGAUAAUAGAUCAGAAAGGUGAUAGUUUGGGGUGGAAGGAUUAUGAUGAUGCAAAUGAACACUGGGGUCAAUUAUCCCUAUUUUCUGAUGCAUAUAUCCAUAAUUUGAUGCUUAGGUGCGUCAAAAUAACAGAUGAUGGGUUGAAGAGUUUGUUGCAUAAAUGUCUUGUUCUUCAGAGUUUGAAUCUCUAUGCAUUGUCAAGUUUCACAGAUGAAGCUUACAGGAACAUAUGCGCUCUAUCACAUCUCACAUUUUUGGAUCUUUGUGGGGCCCAGAAUCUUUCAGAUGAAGGACUUUGCUGUAUUUCGAAGUGCAAGAACCUUGAAUCCCUCAAUCUGACAUGGUGCGUACAUGUGACUGAUGAAGGGGUCAUAUCCAUUGCAAAGGGUUGCACCUCUCUUCAGUUUCUAAGUUUGAAACCUGUGGCAUGCAAUGAUGGUAUACUUCUGUCAUCUCAUUUGAGGACAAGACACUCGUUCAGCAUACCACAUUUAUCAAGUGGCCAAGCUUGUUUGAGGCUUAGUAAAGAGCAUGAGUCGCUUCUCACUGAUUUGUUGAAAGGUCGUAUGUAG